AUGUAUAAUCUUUAUAAACUUUCAAUUUUGCCGAAUCAUCUGAACCAAGUCCUCAUCCCACCUUAUCCUUAUAUAGCAACCAAUGGUAAUGAUUAUGUGUACAUAGAGGCUGAAUGCCCGAAGUUAAGUGAUCGGUAUCUUUGUAAAGAAGACCUCAAUUACCAUAUCAAAAGUUCACCGGAUUGCGUUGCCGCCCUUAUCACCGUGCAGCAUUUAACCGCCUCCUGUUCCACCGUUACUUUGGUAUUAACAAAGCAAGCAAUGGAAAAGUUGGAUGACGCCCAUUACUCACUCGUGUUUCCUAAUGAAACAAAAGUUAUUUUAUCCUGUGGCAGAAACGAAUAUCUCAACCUGAAGGGAAGCUAUCUUGCAACUCUACCAACAAACUGCUCUCUACACACUGGUGACCUUACCAUUGUUAAUGCUAACAAUGAAAUUAAUGGACAACCAAUGAAGAUUCUACUGACAUCAAUCAACAAUUCUAUUCCAUCACCAUCUUUAAUAGUUCUUCGAAUAUCAUCCAUUGACCUGAAAAGCCUGCAUAAUUUAUUUAAUAAAUAUAUAUUUAAUAAAUGA